UUUCUUGAGUUACAUCGUGAAGGCAGAUCCCAGGAGCACGGGUCCUAAUUCAAUCCAUGCCCAAAAGGCCGUGAUAAAACAUCUGUUAACAAUGGAGAAGAAGGGGGAAGUUUCCGGCGAGAAGAACGCGGUGGCGGCGGUGGCUAACAAAUAUGAAAUUUGUGAACAAUUCUGCUUCGUAUGCAAAGAUCUCGGGGACCAUAGCUACUACUACUGUGAUUACCCGGGUUGUUUGAAAGUUUAUCAUCCCGAGUGUUUGAACAAGGAUGAAUCAUUUUGGGGAAGUGAAGUCUACUGGGCAUGUGAUUGGCACACUUGCUACAAUUGCAGUGAAGCUUCUGCCUUCUAUUGUUACACCUGCAAAUAUGCAGUCUGCCCGCGCUGCGUUCAUGAUUCAGAAUUUUCACUAGUCCGAGGGAGAUAUGGAUUCUGCAGUAAAUGCCUGGACAUUGUUCAAGUGCUCGAAGAGCAUGGAAAAGGUUAUGAUUUGGGCUUCUUCGAUCCGAAUAGAUACUACGGUCGUUUUGAGAGUUAUUAUAAGACCAUUAGAAUAAAACAAGGACUUCGUUCAAGAGAUAUCCGUGCUGUAAAGGAUCGGAGUAAUAAUUCAGUAAGCUAUAAUACCAAAAGGAAAAGGGAACCGGAGGAAGAAACUGAGAAUAAAUCUCCGAGGAAAGAUGAAGAUCCUGUUCCCCUUCCCCUUCCCCUUUAUGAUGCAGCCAUUGUGCCGGAAAACAUAGAGCUUCUCUACUUGAGGAAAGGCUUGAUUCGCGAACUCCUCAAGCAACCUGAAUCCUUCGAAGAGAAGGUUGUCGGCUGCUAUGUUCGUAUAAUUUUAAAUCCGAAAGAUCGGCGUUCACUGCAUUCUUUCCGGCUCAUGCAGAUAAAAGGUGUUAAAAACCUCCCGAGCAGUGAAACCAAUGGUGACACAGUCCUUCAAUUCACCGAUGUGCCGGAAGAAACUUCCGUCAAUGACUUAUCAGAGGGGGAUUUCACCGAGGAAGAAUGCAAAAUUUUGAGGGAAAAGGUGGUCUCUGGUCAGCUAGAAAGGCCAACAAUCACUGAUCUGGAAAAGAAGGCGAAGAUUAUCGUCAAGGAUCGAAUGAAUUACAAGAUCGAUAAAGAGCUGGCCUUGCUGCCACACCUCAUCGAUCGUGCCAAUGAGAAAGGGUGGAGGGGAGAUUUGUUCGACUACAUUGAGAGGAGAAGGAUCCUAAAGGACCCUUCUGAACGGCAGAAGAUGUUGGAAUAUGUUCCCAACAUUGUAAACUACAUGGUCGAGCCAGGUGCUAUUUUUGGGCCGAAUGAUUGAAGUGCAAAAGCGGCCGAGGAUUGCUUUGUGCAUCAAACCUUCCAACUAAUGUGUUUCAGAAAGCGCAGAAGUUCUGGAAUGGCGGGAUUUUAUUUUAACUAGGACAUCAUUUGCUCGGCCAGUCAGCCCGAUCGAAGUGUACAAGCUAGUUCAAUGGAGUGAGGGUGAAAAUGGAUGAGGAGAGCAUGAUCGGCGAAACUAUAUUUGGAAUGGAUGUUAAUGUUGCCGCGAAGGAAGUGUUAUGGUUCAGCUCGUUUUACAAUAUUUUCUAUUGUUCGGCCAUCAUGUGUUGGGAUUAUUAGGCCUUGUUUCUAUGGUCAGAUUUUGUUCAAAUUUGGUUAGCUUGUUCUUGACAUCGAAGGUUUCAUUUUGAAUUGUUGGAUCGUCCGGUGGAGCUUCGGUUGGAUCAUAAAUGCCGUUUGAACUUUGAAUAGAUACAGAUUUUGAUGAAGCUUUAGUUGGGUUAUAAAUGCCGUUUGAACUUUGAACGGACAACAGAUUUUGAUGAAGCUUUAGUUGGAUCAUAAAUGCCGUUUGAACUUUGAAUGGACAACAGAUUUUGAAUAACAGAUUUUGGUGGAGCUUCGGUUGGGUUAUAAAUGCCGUUUGAACUUUGAACGGACAACAGAUUUUGGUGGAGCUUUGGAUGGGUCAUAAAUGUUGUUUGAAUUUUGAAGGGACAACAGAUUUUGAUAGAACUUUGGUUGAGUCAGAAAUGCAGUUGAUGAAGUUUGAAUAUACAACCGA